AUGCCUGCGCCACGUGGCGAGACCUUCCUUCAGAAGGUCUCGAAGGAGCUCAUCGCGGUUGCAUCAAGGCGCCAAAGCAAAGGGAAAAGUCACGAAGGCCACAUUGAUGGGGCUUCGUCGCUCCUUGCGCCGAGAACACGAGAACAGAAGAAUGUGGCUAGCCCCAGCGGGCGAGUACGCCUGUCUCCGGCCGUGGGACACGGAGAAGCUGAGCUGCAGUUCUCAGCCACAAACGGAAGGAAGCACGUGAAAAGGGCGGAGCUUGAGAUGCCGACGCUUCAAGAGCAUGUGAAGGACACCUCGAGCCGAACGCCGAAGCAAACGAAUGGCGUUGCCAGAAAAGCUCUCUCUGUGGAGAGCGACGGUGGCGCUGGUGGUGCUAGUCAAGGCCGUCUGAAAAGGAAGGCCAUGGCGACAAAGAAUGUGGAGAGGUCUGAAGAGGCCAAGAGGCCGCACCUGGACAAAAGUCCUCCGGGGUCGCACGUGUGCCUCAUGCAGGUGCGCGACGCCGACCUUCUAGAAGCUUGGUCCCGCGGUGAGACUCUGGUGGUUGAAGACGAUGACGAAGUUGAGCACUUCGAACAAGGUGCUGCCGACAACGAUGUCACCGACGUCACGGCGAUGCAGAGAGGUGGAUCUGUGCUGUGGCAGGACUCACCUCGCAGGACGAGGAGGCGGAUCCGAAAGCGGCUGCGGCUGCAGGAAUCCUUGCUCGGUGAUGACGUGAUCGAUGCUGACCUCGAGCAGGAGCAGUACCUGCAUAACGGCGAUAAAUGGUUAGAGAAAGCCGUCGACGUCGACCAGGCUUGGGAUGAGCCGGAUGGCGACGUUUGCGAAGAGCCCGAGGAAGAGCCGGAGGAUCUGGAGAACUUGGAGGAGCUUGAGGAGGAGGUUGAGUAUCUCCCUGAUGAGGAGGUAGAGCUGGAAGAAGGGGAGGAAGAACCGGAGGCUGCAGAUGAUGUGGAGCUGGAGCUGGAGGAAUGGGAUCUUGAGGCGGCUGCGAGGGAGUUGGAGGCAGAGGUGAAGAACGAGGAAGCCGGCCAUGUGAAUGGCGAUGCCGUCGCGUCCAAGCGGCACCAGGCCUCCUUGGUUCCGGCUGCAGACAUUGCGCCGAACAAGGAAUCCAAGCCUCGGAAGCGCGCGAAACUGGUUCCAGAGAAGAGCCAGGCAGCUCCCAAGGCCACAGCUGGUGCCGGCAGCGCCGUCUGA